UUGUUUUUUACUUUUAGUGAAUAGUGUUCUUUGUUAUUAUUCAUCUUUUAACAACUGCUAAAUAAUUAUGUGGCAAUAAUUAAAUUAUUUAUAUAUUAUAUGUAAUUAACUAAUAUCCUAAACAUGGAGAGAAGUAGAAAUGAUUUAGAGUCGAUAAUCAAUUCUCAGAAAGAGCAACUUUCUCGAUAUGAAAAAAGAUUAAAAGAUAUUAUAACAGCGUACAAGGGGCUACUUAAAGAAAAGGAAGCACUCGAAACCAGCUUAACGGCUAUUCUAAACAAAAACGAUGACAAGAACGUGGGGCCAUCACCUGGUGAUGUACAAGAUUCUAAUAUGGAGCAGUCGAAUGAGUUGCAAUUAUCCUCUAAAUCGGAAGACGGUACAAAAACAGAUGACAAAUUUUCCCUUCAAAGCCAAAUUGCAACUCUUAUGAAUUCAUUGGCCACUUUGUCUGCCGAAAAAUCGAGAAUGGAAGCAUCGUUUCAAGCCGACAAAAAGGUGUUGCGGGCGCAACUUCAGCAAAAGGAUGAAGUAAUAAAUGAACUGCGAAAUAACAUAAAGAAAAAUGAAGAACUCGCAAAAGCUGAAGUUGACGAAUUCAAGGCCAAGCUGAUAAUUGAACGACAAGAACAUGAAAAAGAGACCAAUAACCAAAUGCUAAUGAUUAGAGAACUUCAGAAACUGUAUGCUGAUGAGAGGCAUCUUAAAGAGAACAUAGAAAUGCAGUUAAACAAUUUUAAAACGCAGUUUGCUAGCAAUGAAGCUGAAAAUACACGAAUAUCUGAACUACAAGCGCAAUUAAAGGAGGCUAAAGCCCAGAUUAAACUAUUGAAUGGUCAAAGGAGUGGUACUGACCCUUCUUUGUCAGCCGCACAAAACAGUUCAGUAUUACUGAAACAACUACAAAAGGAAAUGCAACAACUAAAGGAACAUCACGCAAUUGCUAUAAAAAAUGAACAACACAGGGUUCAAUUAGCCGAAGAACAAUCACGAAAACUUGCUGUUCUGCACGAGAGUCGUGUAGCUAAUCUUGAAUCUAGAUUGGCUGAAUUAAGUACCUCCGUAGGGACAUAUGAUCGAUUACGACAGCAGGACCAAGAAUCUAUACAACUAUUGAAGAUGCAAAUACACGAGUUAGAAAAGAUGACAUCCGAACAUUCCAACAAAUCACAGUUAGAAGGGCCGCCCCAUGAUCUAUAUAGCGAUAAUAGAAUAAAAAGAGCAAUACCUACUAAUAACGAUAUAGCUAAUAUUAUUGAAAAUAUCAUGUAUUUGAAGAAAAUUCUUUUACAGGCAAAUUCCCACUCACCUAAUCCAAUUGAUUUGACAAACAUUUUUUCUGUUGGCGCUGACCAUUCUCAGUGCGAAGAGGAAAUUGCUAGAGCUUCGCAACAACUGGAAGCUUCAAAAUGUCAAGUAGUCGGACUUGAAAAGAAAUUGAACCAGCAAAAAGAUCAUAUAAUAACGUUGCAGGAAAAAGUCAAAGAUUUGAAUCGCAACUUAGACGAACAAGACUUGGAGUUAAAAAAUUAUAACGAAAAGUUACGGGUUGCUGUAAAAGAAGAACGUAGCAAAUGGCAAACUUUACACGCUGACACGGAAAAUGACUAUCGUUGUAAGCUUAAUGACUUGGAACAGCAGUUGCAAAAACAAAGACAACGUUCCCUUCAACUACUAGAUGAAAAAGAACAAGAGAUUAAAGCUUUACAAACGUCAUUUGAAAUCUUUCAUUCCACUAACCAGUCCAAUAUCGGCACUUCAGCGUUGAAUGUUGCCAAAAAUGAUAUUAAUAAUGCGACUUCAUCCGAAGGUGAAACAUUGGAUGAUGUAGUUCAGGACCAACAGACAACGUACAAGAAAACGAACAUCAAGGCAAAAAAACUGUCAAUGGGCGAUAGUUGCCAUAUGUUACAUUAUGCCAACGAAAUCGCAAGAAAGGAUAUAGAAAUUGCUAAUUUGAGAAAAGCUAAAUAUCAAGCAGAAACUUCAAUGCGCAAAGCCAUUCAUGAAAAAGUUACUGCCCAAGAAGAACUUAACAAUAAAAUUGAAUCGCUCGAAGAGCAGGUCGACAGACUUGAACGGUGUAAAUCACGGGAAGGUGCGAAUUUGGAGUAUUUAAAAAAUGUUAUUAUUAGUUAUAUUGUAUCUAAAGACACAGACGGCAAACGUCAUAUGAUGAAUGCUAUAAGUGCUGUUCUACAGUUUACACCCCAAGAGACAAAAGUCAUCAACGAAGCGUUUAACAAGAAAUAAUAUACAUAUUUUUAAUUAGAUUUAAAACAUAUUAUUGUAUAAUAAAUUUAACAGAUAGUACUCUUCACACUACUGAAAACCAUUCACAGGAAACUUGA